AUGGCAGGUGAGCCCAAGAGCCCUUUUCUCCAGCAGCCGUGUACCAACAUCAACUAUUUCACUGAGGAUGACUUCGAAUCAUUCAAUAAGAUUGCGUCAGGAGGCUUUGAAGUCUUCAAAGCAAAACACAAACUGUGGAGGGUGAACCUGGUUGUGAAAUGCUGCCAUUUGUUCUGUGAGAAAUCAUCUUCUUUUGAGAGGAAUAUGAGCCAUCUGCUGCAGGAGGCAGCAAGGAUUUUGGAAAUAAAGUUCAAGUAUAUCCUGCCAAUAUAUGGGACUUGUACAAGACCGGCUGGGAUUGUAAUGGAAUACAUGGAGAAUGGUGCUCUGGAUAAACUGCUUGUCAGGUACACACUAACCUGGAUGAUGAAGUCUCAGAUUAUUCAUGAGAUGGCAAUGGGAAUGGAUUUCCUGCAUAGUAUGAACCAACCCCUUCUUCAUUUGGAUCUGAAACCUGGAAAUGUACUGGUAGAUGAGAAUCUUCAUAUCAAGAUUGCAGAUUUUGGAUUAUCAAAAUGGGAAGAUUAUUUGAGUACUAAAGAACAAAUUGAAAGGGCAGUGACAAGAGGAGCCAUCAGUUAUAUGCCACCUGAACUACUGAAUAGACCUUCUGGAAUCAAGCAAGAUGUUUAUAGCUUUUCGAUCAUUAUGUGGGAAGUCCUGACUCAGCAGAAGCCCUAUGCAGGAACAAACAUCAUGGCUGUAUUUGUUAAGGUGGUGGCAGGAAAGAGACCGUGCCUUACACUCAUUCCAGAAAAUUCUCUACAAGACUGUGCACAGAUGGUUGACUUGAUGAAGAGAUGUUGGGAUCAGGAGCUGAAAAGACGAUCUGCAUUCUCAGAAAUUGUUCUGGAAACUGAAAUGCUGUACAGCAUGUCGCAAUCUCCAAAUAUUCAAGUCAACAGGCAAACAGAAAUACCAAAUCUGGCUCCUCUGUCGUCAAGUAGCAGCAUCCAGAAUGGCAAAAUAAUUGCUGAAAUUGCAAAUAUUGAAUUGCAGAAUUUGAAUUAGAUGUCAAAGACUGGGGGUAAUGAUGAACUCUCCAUUGACAGUAGAAGGGAACUCCUGCAACUCCUACUAGAACAAGAUUUCAACAACGUGAAGAAAAUAUUAAAAAAGGAACAUGUUGCCAUGAAUUUUGUGGAGGACUACACUUUGUUGCGCAUGGUUCUUUUCACAGGAGAUGUAGAACUUGUCAGGCUUGUACUGAAGUAUGGAUGCUCUGUCAAUGCCCAAACCUCCAGAGGGAUGACACCUCUGAUUAUAGCCAUACAACAUGGGUUUGUGGAUAUCUCCAUGUUACUCAUUGAAGAGGGAGCUGAUGUUAACCUCACAGAUGAAGACAACUGGGGACCUCUGCAUUUUGCGUCUCAGAACGGAGAUGACAGAAUUGCUCGCCUGCUGUUGGAUAAAGACGCUGAUGUCAACAUCAGGGAGCGUGAUGGGUGGUUACCACUCCACGUGGCAUCGCAGAAUGGCCAUGAAAACAUUGUGCGAAUUCUCUUACGCCACGCCAGCCUUGAUUUACAGGACAGGGACAAUCGCACGCAUCUUCAUUUUGCAGCCUAUCAUGGCAAUUAUAACAUUACCAAGCUUCUGAUUGGGCAAGGAGCUAAUUUAAACAAAAUGCAGGUUGACUUUAGGACACCGAUCCAUUUGGCUGCUGAAAGGGGUUUCUUCAGCGUUGUCAGGCCGUUGGUGAACAUUGGAGCUGAUGUUGACUGCCUGGACCAUUCUCACUUCAGCCCCUUGCACUUGUCAGCUCUGAAUGGUCACACAGGGACCUGUAGACAUCUCCUGAAACAUGGAGUGAAUGUCAACCAAAGGACCUUACAGAAUUGGACAGCUCUGCACCUUGCCUCUAUGAAGGGGCAUGUAACAACUGCCCACUUGCUAAUUGAAAAUUUCUCUGAUGUUGAUGUUGGUGGUGACAGAGAGUGGACUGCCUUGCACUUGGCGACACACUACAACCAUGCGGAUGUUGUUUCAGAGCUCCUAGUGAGUGGCGCCAAUCCUGAUGUCACGGAUGUGUCAGGGUGGACACCCCUCCACUUCGCUGCACAUAAAGGCAGACUCUGCUGUCUAGUGAAGCUUCUGGAUCACAAAGCCAAUGUAAAUGUUGCCAAUAGGUUCAGGUGGACCCCACUGCACUUGGCAGUGCUGAAUGGGAAUGUUGUUAUAGUGAAGAGGCUGAUAAGAGAAGGCACCAAUCUGAAAGCUAAGGACAUGUAUCAGAACACGCCACUCCAGCUGGCUUUGAAACACCAGAAACAAAGUGUAGUCAAUGUACUUACAGGGGAGGAGUCAUCAAAUGAUUACACCACUGACUAGACCCAGAGUCUAACACAAUAAAUACAAUAAC